AUGUCUUCUUUAUUUGGGCCUAGUCCGGCCCGAUUACCAUCGCCAGCGUCACUCCUUCUCGAGGCGUGGACGAACAAUGUCGAGACCAAGAAACUUGUCGAGGAGCUUUUGAGUCGCGAGGACCUCAAUAACAACGAAACCAGCGACGCUCCUCUCCUGUCUGACGCCAGGGAGAUCCGACAAGAUGCGCUCAAGAGCCGCCUAGCCGCUUUUGACCGCAACAUGUCAGUCGUGAGCGCGGUUGUCACCGCCAUCAAAGCGCUCAAGAAACCCUCUUCGCACCUCAGCGUGCUAGCCGGCAGUAUCAGCGGCAUGUACGACCUCAAAGUUCCCAAACGGGAAAGUAUCCGGGGCGAAACGUACCGCUUGCUGACCGCCGUCUUCUUCGUCGACGAGGAGGAAGUCGCUUGGGACAAACAUGACCUCGUCAAUGGCAUCGACGCCAUCACUGGCCUUGAGUAUCGUCGGCGCCAAGACCUUGAAAGCAUUGCUACGAAGCUCGGUAUUUGUAGCCCGGGCCAACUUGCCAUCGCCCGCCGCCGCAUGGAUCCAUCGCUCGACAUUGUGGAGCUCCUCAUUGCCCAGAACAUGCAGGCGGAAUAUCUCUUCCGCACGAUUUUUCUCGGGACGCGAAUUUGCACCAUUUGCCACCAUCUCAACGAGAACACCAACAUCCAGUUUGUGCUUCAGCUUCUGAAUGCGCUUUUCCCUCCAUACCUUGCGACGUACCCGGUUCCAUGCAUUGACGUCCAAGAAGUCCGCGCCUUGCGCGAGACUGUCUAUCUUGCUCUCAUGGAUUCGGAUGUCCAGUUUGAAGGCGAUGAUGGUGGAAUAGAAGCGGCCACCCUGCAAAAGAAUCUCCUCGCCCAGAUCGGCAUCGACGGCUAUAGAACUGAGGUCUACCCUGCGCUCAUCGAAUAUUUUGCCCGCGUCGAGUCUGUGAAAAAGACGUACGAGGAGCUCCAUGGUACACCGGAGGUCGGCUUAGAUACCACGACUGACUACCUUGUUGACGGUGAGCCUUUGCUUGGGGCAGAUUCAGGUAUGCCCAUUGCCACAGUGCGUGGACCAGACGAGCGCCCUGAUUCCACGGCCAGUUCUCAACAUGGGCCCACCAAGUCCAUUCUUAAGAACUCCUUUUCUUCUAUGUCCGGAGAGACCACUUCGACCUACGCGUCUUCGUACGGGUCUGGUUCUGAACUCGUCAUGCACCCGCUGGCGAGAGACUUGAGUGGACUCGAUGAGCACGAGUUGCUUCGGAUGGGCCUCGCCCUUCCAGCUGCCAGCCUUCGGAGCCACCAAGCAUCCUUUGACAGUUCCAUUGCAUCACCGCUCGUCCUAGCCAACAUGAGAGUGCAGCUCAACCUAGCAGACGAACUCCAGCGCGCAUCUGGUUCCUUCGGCUCAGAUUCCAUCUCGCCGUCUAUUGUGCCAGAGGGUCUUGCGCAGCCUGGGCCGACAGCCGUUAUCAAUGAAGACGACGAUGUGUUUGCCACAGCUGCCGAACGGAAAGAAAAGGACAAGGUGGUCGACCUCAGUCCGCAAGAAUCGUCGAUGGAAGACCUAAUGGAUCAUGCCUUGCAACAAAAUGACGAGCCUCAUGGAUUGACCGAGUUCCCUCAGCUGCCCGUGCCCAAAGUCGCUAAAUCGGCAGUGACUUUGCGGGAGCGGCCGACCGUGCUCGCGACACCCAGACCGUCGGAGCGCACCAUGCAUCUGAUCAAGUCGGGAUGGAAAUCCACCGAGUGCCUGUUUGCAAAAUUCAGGGGACAGGAGCAGAAUGCCAAUGGUGAUCCGGCUGUUCCACACGCCUUGACAACUGUGGAUAAGCGCCUGUGUUCACAGCGCCGGCCAUCGAAAUCCGUGCGCUUUUCGGAUGAACAAACGGCGUCAGAAGACUUGGAGGCCGAUCACUUGCCGGGCAUUACGUCCGAACAUGCACCGGACCGGCUCUCUACUACCAAGCACGACACCAAUGCCAGCGACGCUGUUGCCACAAACGGCCCAUCCGGCUCAGCUCGUCGACCCUCCGACCCAUGGCAAUACACCCGCGACUACCUCUUGGAGAAAAUUAAAGCAGGUAAAGAAGGGCGAGACUGUUCUCUUGCCUCACCUUCUCCUGAAUGGUUCGAGGAAAUGGACGGCGGGGUUCCUAGCCGCCAAUCUAUUUUCUCUCCCCGGUCUGGUCUCGAAGCCGCCCAUAAGAUGAUUUCGGGACAUGGACGGAAACCAUCGCUCAUGCGGACAGUUUCUAGCGAAAGCAGUGUCUCUUCGGCUCCCAACGCCAACGACGAAGACACUGUCCAACCCAAACUACCACCGGCUACCGAGUCAAUUGUUGUGCAGAAACGACCGCGGACACUUCUCCGGAAACGAAGUAUGCAACCGAGAGGGCCCGAUUCGGUCAUCGUCGAUGCAAAGGACGACACCAACACCAAACACAGAAUGGACCAGCCUGCCGACACAGCUCUGCAAGAAGGAAAAACAACUAUGGUAUCGCCGCAGGUGGGUAAACUGACAUUCGAAAUGGCCCGGUCUGAGUCCAGUAAGAACCUGGAUCUCAAUGUCAAGCUCUUCCAGCGCCAGUCGUUGCUCCUGGCAGCCCAGAAGCAGAUGGAAAGCAACAAGCAGAGACAGCAGAGACUGAAGCUUCUUGAAGAUGUCGCUCCAUUUUUGGGAGAGGACAUUACCAACCAUCCCUCAUUGACGAAAACAGACAACAAUUCUGUUCUCCCUAGAGUAGAGAACCAGAACGAUUUCGGCAGCUUGAUUGCCUUCCAGAAUAGCAAAGGAAAGGAAGCUGGAUUGACAGAGGUGUGUGAGCCCUUGGGCCCUGUCACUCCGAGUAGCACCCAGAACAGCUGUGCGAGCAAGGGGAGCUCGUUCAGUGCCAGCAACUCCUUGAGCAAGAUCGGCGACAGUCUGGGAGGCGGCAUGCAGAAACUGAACCUGUUUUCCACGCCGCGUCGUACCUCUCGGCGUGGCCAUGUCCGGUCUGUUACACAACCUAACAAUGACUUCAAUGGCUUCAAUGUCGCUGCUGAACAUGUUACGGGAGGUCGCAGUUUUCGCAUGGGAAUUCGCAACAGAGAGGCAUCCUCGGUCAGCCAGCCAGAAUCCCGGCCCCAGACGGCGUCUGAUACAAGGAGCAAGGACAACAGCUCGGGCCACGGGCGAACUCGAAGCGACAGUAGUUCUGGUCCCUGUGCUACUAUGGCUGACUUCGCGCUUCCGUGCGUACCCAACGAGAUGGAAGGAAGCUUUAUGCUGAUGCCGGAAGAGUCGAAGGAGAACCGUGAGAAACGAGAUGCCUGGUUCCGCGAGCGUGCCGACCAGGAGAUGCGCAGCCGCAACGAGAAGCGGCGGCGCGAGACAGAACGGGAGGCAGCACGCGAGCUGGGCCUCCGGGAGCGAAACAUGCUCAACGACAUCGUGCUGGGCGUGCGCCACGAACGACAGAAGAAGACCAGCAAGAAGCGGAAGCCGUCCGGGUCAUCCAUGAGCACAGCGGCCGGCGCGGAAAAGGAAGUUGUCUUGCCGGACAAGUCGCCACCGCCUCCGUCGACCUUUUCCAAAGCGUGGUCGACGCUGAAGAAGGGUACCGGCCGCAUUCGUCUCACGCGCAAGUCGACAUAUGAUCUGCGUGACAUGGCAGAGAAAAUGGCACCGCCUGCGCCACCUUUGAAGGAGCGAGGUGACAGCAGCAACACGUUUGCCAGUGUCGACGAGGAUUCGGAUGAUAGCAUUGUGCAGGACAAGACCGCCGAGCUCGUGUCAGAGCCAGAGCCGCAGUCGCUGCCGCAGGAUAUGGCCGUCUCGGGAAAUGGACAAGUGAGCCAUCUGACAGCGCCUUCGCGCAAAGAGAAGAAGCUCAGCCAGGAAGAAUUGUGGGACCUGCUUUCCAUCCGCCCGCCCCAGCGGCGUCCGUCGGAGCCGCCCCUACCACUCUUUGUGACUGGCAACCCGGAGAGGCCGGCCAGCUCCGGUACGCAACUCUCCAUCUGUCGUCAACUGGGCCCCGCUUCGCCACCGCCAAUGUCCCCGUUGCCGCCUCUACCACCAUCAAGGACAACCAGUCGUGCCACUGAGGUGAAUGACAGCGGUGAAGAGGAGGGGCUGUUGUCUGAUGAUGAUCAGGAAAGCUCGGAUUUUUUUGAAGAGUUCUUCAGGGAGGGAUGCCGGCCUGAAACGCCACUGGGAAAUCAAAUGCACAAAUCCUCUGGCGAGCCGAUUGCCUCUUCGCCUGAAUCCAAUGUGGCCCACGGAGGCUGCCACGCACGGGGCCGGAGCCUCAUGCAGAGGCUGGAAGCUGCGGAGACGACGCUUGCUGCAAGUGCUGUAACGGGCAGCGUUGACAGCGUUGACAGCGUUGGUAAUAUUCAUUGCAAGCUGGGAGAGGGUCCCAAACUGCGUAUCAACGAAGACGUUGAAAAAGAUGGCGAGAAGAUCGACGAAUAG